AUGGAUCAGGGUCGAUUUCCAGCAGUCCAGGUGGUCAUUGGUAACCUAGGGCAAUCUCAGAAUCACUUUCAUGGCGGCACUUCAGAUGGGACAUCCAACGGCGCCCCUAACGGGAUGCCCCGACCUGUGACACGCCCGCUACUGGUUGAUGAAGCCUUGCAAUUCUCGCCCAUGAGCACUGCGCCUGUGUUUGGCUUAGACUCAAUAACUCGCCCUGAUGUUACCGGACAAUCUUCGACUACCCUCCCCGCAUACUCGCGAACGGUCGCCCGUAAAUUGAUACAAGAUUUGGAUACCGAAGUUAGGGCGGGAACCGAAAAGUCUCCCCGAUUCAUGGCAGUCUAUGGAAAGCUUUUGAACCAGCAUUUAAGUUCGGAUAGGCCGUCAGAGUUCAAAUUCCGGUUUCCAGCAAGCUUGGAUCAGUCCAAGAAGCCAGCUCAACGUGAUGGCCGAUCAGGACUCACCAGCGGAUUAAGCCCAUUUGCGAAAAUGGUCUUGGAUGGAAGUGAUAUCGCAUUCAACUACCCGGAACCCAAGUUGCCGUCAUCAGGCACAAAGACUCCAGUCCAACCAGGAUCAGGAAAAUUCCUUCAACCUGCUGUCGUUAUCCCGCCUUUCAUUUCUCCAGCGACCUCUGACUCGUUCGUCGACCAAGGUGCUGCUAAGAAGCGAAAACUGAAUGUGGAGGUUGAGAACUAUGCUACCAGUUUGAGGCUCAAGGAUCAAAAGGAAGAAGCGGAUGGGGCUCUCUUGAAGCUGCAGGAUUUCAUGCUUGAGAUUUUUGAAGCAGAAGACCAACUCGAACCAGAUACUUCAUCAGUAGUGCUCAGUCAAAAUCCAGGUUCCAUGUUCAGGACCGCCAACGUCUUGGAGGUCCGUGGGCCUAUUCUUGGUCCAGAGAGUCAUAGUCGACUCCAGAAGUCUUUACAGAAAGUUGCUAGCUUUGGACGAUUGCACGACAUUCCUUCUGAAUAUCUUACCCGCCUUCAAAAGCUCUGUGAAUGUCCCAUAGUGGCUGCGCAAGGCCUGGACUUACGACUAGACAAUACUUUGAAUGAUUCAGACACUCAACUAUGGCUUCAGAAAUUGGAAGAUAUACACAACACACUUCUCGCCAUUGGCACACUACUUCAAACCAUGUCUGGGCGACAAUCCGAGCGAGAUCUAUGCCCUGAGGACCUAUUGCAAGCAAUACCGAAUGUCUUGACAAUCUUGUUCGAUCACUGCAUUAUUCCUUCGGUGGAGGUUCGCCCCAUCGACGAAGGAAAGCGGCUUUUUGAAGUUGUGUCUCGGAAGAAAAAGAUCUUUGGUACCCUACUUCAUCAAGCUAGAAAGCUGAUGAAUCUCCUGGCGAACUUCCUCUCCCGAAUAGACGUCUCUGAGAGCGUUAUCACAUCUACUGAGUUCUUAGCAACUAAAUUGAUCUUUGUCGAGAACGCACACAACGACAAAGACUCAGCUGUCGGAUUUCAGAAAUUUGAACUCGUGCGUCGCGCAGCAAUGGAUGUCCUUGCUAAGGUAUUUUCACGUUAUCCUGCUCAGCGCCCCUUCAUUCUCGAUGAGAUCUUGGUGUCGCUGGAAAAGUUGCCAUCGACUCGUCAAAACGCUCGGCAAUUCAAAUUGAUAGAUGGGAAAGCCAUUCAGCUGCUGACGGCUCUCGUCAUACAGCUCGUGCAAACUACGGCUUUGGAUAUUCCCCAAACCAAAAAGUCCAGGAUCAGACCUAAUCAUCUGGCUAGUAAUGGUGCUAAUGAGGAUCAGGAUGACAUGGAUGUCAAGGAAGAAGAUGAAGACAGUGACUCUGAAGAUGAAGAUUCUUUUAAACUAUCUUUGGAACGCCUCACGAAUCGAGUUAACAAACUCUACGACAACGCGGUGCGGAGCGCUCAGUAUAUCAUCAAGUUUAUCGUCCAACGGGCGAUGACAUCAACAAAAACCGGCGAUCAACCUUACCGAAACAUAUUGGACCUUUUCACGGAGGACUUGAUCAAUAUAUUGGGCUCGACCGAUUGGCCAGCUGCCGAGUUACUGCUUCGUAUCCUCGCAUCGCACAUGAUCGGCAUAGCUGAACUUGACAAGAGUUCCUCGACGGCCAAAAACAUGGCCCUUGAAUUGCUCGGCUGGAUGGGAUCCGGUAUCUCUGAUCUUACAGCAGCUGCCCAGCACUUGAUCACUUCUAUGGAGGAUGGAGAUAACAAAAUAACUCAGUACCUGCGGCAACUCUAUGACGAUCACAUAAGUCACGCUCUCCAUAUGCAAGAUUUGAUUCCGUCAAAUGGUCCCUACCGUAUCACAUUGGAGUACCUCCAGGAUAGAGACCUUGAUAACUGGCAGCUUACUAGUGCUCGAGGAUACUACAUCGUUCAGUGGGCUAAGACUGUCUCAUCAACAUACUAUGACUCAGAAGAUAAAGAUGUGAUUAUUCAAAAAGACGGAGGGGUCGAUGAGUUACUCUCUAUCUUUCCGAAGUUGCUGUCAGAUCCGAAAUGGUUGGAAACAAACAAACACUAUGACAAGGUUUCUACAGCCCACGGCAAAUUUGCUUACAUUUUGACGGUUCUGAACAUGGGUUUUUCGAAAGCUUUUGAUACGAUCUUCAAGGUCCUGCUAAACUCCAUCACAAGUGACCAGGCUAAAGUCCGAAGUCGUAGCUUGAAGAGUGUCAUUACUAUGCUCGAGAAAGACCCGAGUCUACUAGAUCGUGACUCGUCAGUCAUGCGUGUGGUGCUAAGAUGUGCCACCGAUGCCUCGCCCAUGGUUCGCGACUCGGCACUGUCUCUGAUAGCGAAGUGUAUCGGACUAAAGCCAGCCCUUGAAGAAGAAGGCUGUCGGGCUAUUCUUGCUUGUGCUGCCGAUUCUACAGCUGGAGUGCGGAAGCGUUGCAUAACGCUACUAAAAGACAUAUAUUUCAAUACCACGCGCAAGGAUCUCAGGCUUGCUAUACUUGAUAGUUUGCUUCAAAGAACAAGCGAUUUCGAGGAGGCUGUGGCUGUUCAGGCUCGGCAGACGAUUGAAGAGAUCUGGUUUACACCAUUCGUCACAUCUAUUGAUAAUCUGCAUGACGCCCCCAAAUCUAAAGUUGCCCUAGCGGAACAAACCUCUCUUGUCAUCAACUUAGUGCAACGCAGUGAAACUGCGGCAGAUGGCUUAGGCUCGUUUGUGAAGAAGGUCGUCUCAGGGGAUCCCAAAGCGACUAGUCAGAAUUUCAAGGUCUGCAAAGCGAUGGUGGCGAACAUGUUUGAGCGCCUUAUUGACGACCCUGGAUCAUCGGAAAAGCAAGACCACCAAGCACUUCUUCAAACAAUUACCAUCUUUGCGAAAUCCAGCGCCAAACUUUUCAAUCCCGAGCAGCUUCAAACACUUCAUCCAUACAUUGGGCACCUUGUCACAGCGGACGACCUUUUCAUCUUUCGUUCAGUAGUUGUGAUAUACCGUUGUGUACUUCCCUAUAUCUCCUCGGUACAUAAUACCUUUCUCAAAGAUGUGCAAAACGAUCUGUUCAAAAGUGUGGCGAAACUUGCCAGAUCUGAACUGAACGAAGUCAUGGCGUGUCUUUGGACCAUCAAUGGUGUUCUUCAUAAUACUGACAGACUGGUUAAGCUUACGAUCUCCGUAUUGAAGGGCAUCGGUCAAGCAAAAGGCGUUGAUCUCACAGACAGCAGUAAGGCCGACUUACUGAAUCGAGCUCGCAGCUACAUUCGUAUUGCUGGCUGUGUAGGACGACAUUGUGAUCUCGAAAAAUUUGAACCUCAUUUCAAGAAAGCCUUUCCUACGUGGAAGGGAAGCACAGUGGCCAGUCUUCUUGUUGAUUUCAUCUUGCCGUUCGUGCACCACGAUCAACCACUUGAACUGAGAACAAUGGCACUUGAGAGUCUAGGCUCGAUUUGUCAAUCUUGGCCGGCGCAGUUCAGUAGGGAAGCGCCUAGGAAGGUGAUAUCGGCUAUUUUCAAGGAGGACAACGCUGGCCUUCAUAACAUUAUCCUUCGAGCCUUUUCCGAGUUCUUUGCAAUCCACGAAGGCAAACAAGAAAAGCUUGUACAGCCACAGGUUGAAUCUACCGAUGCGGAGGCUACGACGAGACUUGGUGGAUCGUUGAAGGCCAGCGACAAUGAUGGCGCAGCGGCACUGAUAGCCCAACACUUUCUUCAUGAUAUGCUUCGGAUCGCUCACUCUAGCCAGGACGCGUACGCGUUGACGGCCAUCGAACUGAUAUCGAGCAUCAAUCGGCAAGGCCUUGUGCAUCCCAAGGAGUGUGCUGGCGUCCUAGUCUCACUAGAGACAUCAACGAUUCCUGCCAUUGCAAAGAUAGCGUACGAUACCCAUAGGAUGCUUCACCUGCAGUACGAAUCGAUGUUCGAACGCGAGUAUAUGCGAGCCAUCCAAGAUGCUUUCGUCUAUCAACGGGACAUCGUUGGCGAUUCCAAUGGAGCAACGCCUCGCCCGUACACCGCAAAGCUCGCACCGCUUUUCGACAUUAUCAAAAUUAGCAACAGCAAGUACCAGAAGAAAUUCCUUGCUAAUCUUUGCUCGAAAGUUAAAUUUGAAUUGAAAGCCUUGGAUGUUACUGGCAACCCUCCUGAGCACCUUCUCCUGGCAAGAUUUGUCUGCCAGAAUCUUGCUUUCUUUGAGUAUGCCCAGUUAGCCGAAUUGAUACCAACCAUUACUUGCAUGGAGAGAAUUGUUUCAUCCACCGGUACCAUCGUUGCACAUGCUGUCGAGACGGAAAUUUUCCCUCCGCAGCUGGAAGUGCCUGCCGCGCAGCCCAUAGCGCAGCCCGCAAUGCAGGGCUUACACGAUCAAGUCAUGAGUGUGCCAGUGGUACAACCCACACCCCAGCAUACGGUCAAACCCUAUCUCUUGCGCCAACUUGCAACUGCUGCAGCCGUCUUAUCCAUGCUCUGGGAGACAAGAACCCAUUUGCGCAGACAGUACGGUAUCACCCAUGGCAUGCGACACAGUGAGAAUAAAGCGAACAUCAAAGAGCUUAACAAGGCUCCUACAAAGGUGCAUGGCAUUACUGGGGACCGCUACUGGGACACUAUAUCCAGCAACAUGACAUGUCUUGAUAGCGAGGAGAAUAUGUUGCAGCAGUGUCGAACCUUUGCCACUCUGCUCUCCAUCGAUGAUGAGCUAAAGGUUCCUAACGGCGAAGACGAAGACGCGGAUCUGGACGACUUAGAUGCACCUGGUGAAGAUGACCCUGGCGCUGUCAAUGGCGGCAAACCGAUGAAACGGAAAAACUCUGUCAAUGGCGGCACGCCUGCGAAACGGCCUAGAGGUCGACCGCCUGGCAGCAAGAAACGGCUGAGCUCCGAGACGGCGGAUUCUUUUGUUUUUUGA